AAUCUGAUCCAUGGAGGCCAUAAAUUGCAACUUAAAGUACUACAGAUCUGCAGAUGACUUUUUUGUUUGUUAGAUACAACAUGAAGCCUUCAGAGGUCUUGCACAUAUAACACCUAUGCAAUGUUAUAUAUAGGCUGUUUAAUGUUCUGGUUGAUCUCACUUCCUUGGGUUUGGACACUUCAGCUGUUAGAGCAUGUGCUAUUUUGAGCUCGAGCGCUCUUGGCUGUGGCUCCGUAACUCCACACGAGGGCGAAGCGCUUCCACAGCGACGUGACUCGAGAAGAUCCGAGCUUCACCACUCCUUCUGACUCGUCUGCGAAAAACAAAACGAGAUCUAUAUACGUGAAUAUAUAUAUAUAUAUAUAUAUAUAUUUAUGUAUCUAGAUUUCUGUCGCUUUUGAAGUUGCACGUUUGAGUUGCACAUUUGAGCUGCAUCGCGCGCGCGCCUGCUGAAACCGGACGCUCGAAUGGGAGACAACGAUUACACCGAGCCGAUGGACGAGACGCCUCGAGACGACAGCGGCGCGGACAAAAUCGACAUGUCACUCGAUGAUAUCAUCAAGUUGAAUAAAAAAGAGGAGAAAGCAAACAGAGCUGCGAACAGAGCAAGAAACAGGCGGGUUUUAAACAGGAAUAAUGUACUGAAGAAGCUGAACCAGACACCACAGGCACGUAGAGGCAUCAGACGCGGUUCGCUGCAGUAUCAGGGGCCAGCCAGGUCACGUGGGCUGAACAGCAGAAGAGGUUUGGGGAGACUGAGCGGCGUGAGUCCUCUUGACAGAGCUGAGAAUGGAGAUGAGGAGGUUCAGAGCACAGCGUCUUUUAGAGGCUCGUUUCGUGGACGAGGGAGAGGACGAGGGAGAGGGAGAGGACGAGGAGGAUUUAGCAGGGGAGCUUUAUCAGCACGAGGUCAGCGAGUUCCCCAGAGAGGUGGAAGACCAUUUGUAUUGGACAGAGGAUUUUCGGCUAUGAGAGGCACUGGCAAAUUGGAAAGAUAUCAGAAAAUAAGAAGUCAGAGUACUGCAUCUUCUCCCGGGACAACAUUAACCGUGUCACUGCCCAAUGCAAAACCUCCACCUGUGACUCAGGUGAGGCCUCAACCUGGUGGUACACUGUUGAGGGGCAGGUCAUCUGAGGCACUGAACAGGCCAACACCAAAGGGCAUCAAUCUGCACUUUAAUUAUAAAGCAACCACAAACCAGACUCAGCUGUACCUGAACGAGCGCUUCACUACUUUGAGGCUGAGAGGCCAAGGCUCGAGAAUUACCAGAGAAAGUGGGAGGGGGCGGGGACAGGCUCGGGGACGAGGACAGAUUCGAGGACGAGGACAGGCUCGAGGACGAGGACUUUCUCGAGGAAGAGGAGAGAUUAGUGGAGGAAGAGGUGGAGCAAGAGGUGUGAUUAAAGAAGGACCGGCUAUGAUUAGAGGAGGAGGAGGAGGAGGAGGAGGAAGAGCUAGAGGUAGAGGUAGAGGUGGAGCAAGAGGAUCAGGCCGAACUGUGUUUCUUCAGUGAUCCCAGUCACAUGAGCUGAAUGCAAUGAGAUAUAUAUAAAGAAUAGAAUAUUUUAUUUACACUAAGCAUUUGGAGGAGGAUGGAGCCCUACGUAUAAAACGUGUUUUUACAAUCACAGAUUGCCGGAUUGCUUUUUUUCUGUUUAUUUUUUUUUUUAAAUCACGAGGUUGAGAGUUUGUUAAAUAACCAGCAUGUUAAGUAUACAACAGUGACAAAUGUAUUUUUAAGACGCUUGUAUUUGGGAUCCCAUUUGAAUGUUCUUAGAUCUGGACAUCACACACCAAACCACAAAAUUCAGAGUGCCUUAACAUUUAUUGUAAAUAAAUUUUUUGUUUACACAAUAUAGAUUUGUGUGUUAGCAAAAAAUCUUACAAAAUUGUUACACUAUUAAAAUAUACCACAUUUUAAAAAUCUUGUACCAUUUAAAGCUAUCAACUUCUAUUAAAUUAAGAUAUUUUCAAGUAA